UCGGCCGUCAGCAGCAUUGGCCACUGGCACAAUAUUAUCCUCAUUGAUUCCGCUAACCGAGAGGAAGAAGAAGAGGGGGAUUUACUUUAUUCAACCUUUUCAUUUCAGCCGUCCCCUUUAUUUUAUUGAACUAAAACAAUGGCAGACACAAAAGUUGAAACCGGCAAGGAGAUCUCUGCCAAGGAUCUGAAAGAGAAGAAGCUGGCGGAGGAGAAGGAGAACGGCAAAGACACCGCCACCAACGGGAAGGAGAAUGAGGAGAACGGCGAGCCCGAGGUAGAUGACGAAGAAGACGAGGAAGUGGACGAAGAGGACGAGGAAGAUGACGGAGAAGGCGAUGAAGACGACGAGGAAGACGACGACGACGAGAUCGAGGGCGGCACAAAACGGGCAGCUGACGACGACGACGACGACGAAGAGGACGACGUUGAAACCAAGAAGCAGAAAACCGACGAUGACGAUUGAUGUGUUUCCCCCCCACCCCCAAAAACCCCCAACCCCCCCCCACCCAGCCGCGCCAUCCUGCUGAACCGCUUCCCGAUUCUUCACCUCUGACUGGUUUUUUUCAAAGUGUCUCAGGUGGAGGCGCGGGAGGACUGAUUUCAAAGGAGAGAAAAAUAAUAAUAAUAAUAAAAAAAAUAAAAAAAAUAUCCAACAUGGUCAUUAGCAAGUAGAGUUCAACACACACAUACACAGACAGACACACACACACACACACUUCGAUCUCCCCUCAAAGCAAAAUUUUCUAGAGGAACCCGCCAACGCAUUGACGCAGAAAUCCGGCUUCUCUUCAACAACACGAAAAAAAAAAAAGAAUUAGUUUGUAUUUUUAUUUACAUUUUAUAUUUUUGUACAUAUUGUUCGGAGGGGGGGUCGGUUUCUCUCUCGGCAGACCAAAAUCUGGUGCUUCUUUAACGAAAAGAUUUUACUCGGUUGACCAUGUUAACGAUAUAUCUCGACAAAAAACACGCAAACAGUUAAAAGACGAAAAAAAAACAAAAGACCCACGAAAAGAGGAAGCUGUUAAAGCCGUUGAACUCAGAGCAUUCCAGUAAAUUUAAUGUAUGUACUUUAGCUGUACCAUAAACUAGUCUGUUUGUAUGGGAGGGGAAAGGCCAAAGAAAAGAGCCUCUUUUCUUUUUCCUUUUUUUGAUUUUGAUUUUUUUCGUUUUGAUUUAUUUUGUCAGCGACUUUUUUUCUGUUUGAUGACGGCCUGUUUUGAUGUAUGUGCGAAGUUUGUUGUUUGACAAUAAACCGGACUUUUAUUUUGUGAGUUGUA